CAUUUGUCUUUGUGCUGAAUAAUGCUGAGUGCACUACACAGGAGAAAGAUCCCAUUUAAUCUCGCUUUUGCACCGGGCAAUGCCGACCCGAGAUCUCGGAGCAAAGAAAUUUACAGCCUGAGACUUACAGCCUUCCUCAUCCGUCUCUCUUCAAACUGAGUCUCGCUCCGAUUCAGUUUUUCUAGUCUGACCUGAGGACUAUUUCUGUAGGGAGACGUGGAUAUGUGCACACUACCACUUAAAGAAACGUGUAAAAGAUACGCACCAAUCUUUUUUAUGCAAAAAACCAGUGCGCGCCAGGUUUAUCCGACUGCAGCUGCUGCAUCUGUAGAAACAGAUCACAUCAGGACUGUCUUAAGUGCCUUAGAAACUGGUGAUAUAGAAUUAUUUCGACGUGAUACUGAAUUGCUGGAAACCUUGUUGGGAUGCGACACGAUUAAGUUUGGACGAGGUCCCGUUUCAAAAGGCUCUCAAAAGAGGUGUGUCUAGACAGAGUGCAAGCACGCAUCCAAUCACACACUGAUUCUCUCUCUCUCUCUCUCUCUCCACACACACGCACACACGCGCGCGCACACACGCACUCGCGCGCAGCAGUCAGCUCAGCACCGCAGCAUUUCGCUACUUGACUUCAUUUCAGACUUUACGCACCGAGUGCACGCAUUUAAAGUUGUCUAAAGGUUUUGUAUCAUUUGGAGCAGGUUUGUAGAAAAUGUAGUCAGAGCGAAAGGACCUUUACUUGCCUAUUUUGUCCGACUCGUUUCUGGGACGCGCUGUAGAGUGCGAUGGGAAAAGCUGUCCGAGGCUCGGUGCUGGCUCGCUGUACCGCCUGAGCGCGUUAUGAACGGGGUGCGGGCGGGAGACGCGGAUGGCGGCGGCGCGCAGGAGCGCUACGGCAGUGUGGCGUACGACACGGCGCUCAGCACGCUGCUGGCUGUGGCUGUGUACGUGGUGGUGAAGGGGAGCGUGGACGGGCUGCGGCAGUGGCGCGCGCGCAUCUCGCUGCUGGUGGUGGGCUCCGGGCCGGUGGGACUAACGGCAGCGCUGGUCGCUGUCCGCAGCGGAAAGGUCCUGAAGCUCACCGUGCUGGACGAGCGCACACGCAGCGCACUGCUCUGCCGGCCGCAGCAGAUCGCUCUGGACCCCCGCAGCGUGCGCUUUCUGCUCAGUCUCGGCGUGGACUUCGACAACAUGGAGGGCUGCUGGCACAACGAGCACUUCUUUACGCGGAUCGGCGUGUUUCAGGAGUACCUGCUCAGCGUGCUGGAGCAAAAGAAGCAGAAAGUCGACGUGAGAGUCCACUUGGGCACUAAGUUUACAGAUGAAUAUCUGAGGAGGAUCCCCAGCGGCGAAUGGCCCCGGGUUAUUGUAGUGGCUGACGGCUCUUGUGGUGACUCCUGUUCUGUAUUGGGAAUCAGUUCAGAGUACAUCGUAGAGUCCUGUCAUGCCUAUGGAGCUAAUGCCACAAUAGAGAGACUGGACCAAAGACAGGUCCCCACACCUGAGAUCAGGGCUCACAGUCUGUACUUUGACCUGUCAGCAUACGGCAUUGAUUCUGUUAGAGAACCUCGCAACUCCUCUCAGACCUCAGCCAAGCCUGGGUUUCACCUGAAGAUCUACGGAACAUUUCGAAACCGAUACAUGGCCCUCGCCUGCACGUCUGCAGACUCGAAAAUGCUGCGUUUCCUGCGUCACACGGCCAACUCCUCAAUAAUGAAGAACAUCUUUCACCAAUCCUUUAAUGCUUAUAAGACAGACAUUGAGCCCCGUGUGAGUGAGCUGACUCUGCACCGCAUGCAGUGCAGCCGCAGGCUUUUCGAGAUCAUGCUCUCUCACCGACGCAUCAGUGCAGCCUACAUUGAGGGCGACAAUGUAGCCGUCACUGUAGAGGGGGAGGCAGCCCGCAUGCUAAACUUUGAUACCGGUUGUGGUGUGAACCUCGGCAUGAGGGGCUUGGAGUCUUUGGGACUGUUUAUCUACAGAACUGCCACUGCUCAGGAUCAGAAUGAUGUGUUCGAAGCCCUUUCGGCCAAAAUCCAGCACUCCAAACACGUGGCUGAGACCUUCAGACAGACUGGAUUGGCUGCAGCUAUGUUCGAAUGAAGAGAUGUGUGAGAGUUAGACACAGGGGGAAAAAAAACGUUGUCUCUAAAGUCUUAUAAAUAUCAUGGUUAAAGUUAAGUGUACUGUCAUGCCUUCGUUGUAAUAAGAAUGUUGUCAAAUGAUGUACAUGCUCAAAGGAACCAAAGCUUUAGCUCUGUGAAGAGUGAAAAGAAAUGUCCUUGCAGUCAAUGAUAAGUGUGUUGUAUGGAACAGAAAAACAUCUGUAGUAUUAAAGUGGAGGAUAAUGUGAUCUAAAGUUUAGACUUAAGAUUAAGUUCACACAUACAUUACUUGUCUGUACUUAGUACUAAGUACCACAGUUUCUCAAACUGACCUUAUGAAUGUGUUUAUUCUUUUUUAUCACUAUGCUGUAGAUUGCACUGAUGCUUGCAAUUUCAUAGUUUGAGGCUUGACAUUUUAUCAUCAGCUGUGGCUGGCAGGAAGUUUUCAGAUCUACACCAUUUCAGCACAUCUUUCUGCUUUCUAACAUGACCGCUCAGGCAAAAAUCACAUGAAUUAGAUCAUUAAUCGAAUUUAGUAACGGAAAUUUUGUUGGCUUGAUACUGUACAGAAGUGCCUGGCGGAUAGUCAAUAAACCACAAAAGCAUACAUUUCCAUUGCUUGGAAUAUUUUGUAUGUAUAAAUUGGGUUGUCUUUAGAUUUGUAAUGUUUGUUAAUAAAAUUAAAUGUGCAUCUUUU